CGUCAUGAUGGAGGAUCACCGGCCUCUCACACCAACAGUUAAGGAAGAGAUAAGAACACCGGAGAGAUGUCCCAGUCCUCUUCUUCCACAGGAUGGUUUUGAAGAACAUUACAAUGUCCCACAGUAUGAUCAAGUAUAUGGAGAUAAGGACAUUAUGAUGGAGGAUCGCCGCCUCCUCACAUCACCAGUUAAGGAAGAGAUAAGAACACCGGAGAGAUGUCCCAGUCCUCUUCUUCCACAGGAUGGUUUUGAAGAACAUUACAAUGUCCCACAGUAUGAUCAAGUAUAUGGAGAUAAGGACAUUAUGAUGGAGGAUCACCGGCCCCUCACACCUAAAGUUAAGAAAGAGAGAAGAACAUCGGAGAGAUGUCCCAGUCCUCUUCUUCCACAGGAUGGUUUUGAAGAACAUUACAAUGUCCCACAGUAUGAUCAGGUAGAUGGAGAUAAGGACAUCAUGAUGGAGGAUCACCGGCCCCUCACACCAACAGUUAAGAAAGAGAGAAGAACAUCGGAGAGAUGUCCCAGUCCUCUUCUUCCACAGGAUGGGUCAGAAGAACAUCACAAUAUCCCACCAGAUGAUCAGGUUCUGAAUCCGAGUGAAGAUCUGAACAUUAUAUAUGUUACAGAGACAGAUGUGAAGGGUGAUGAGCAGAAUAUAGAGGACAUUCCUACAGAUAACCGCCCAGAUGACUGUACCAGGAGCUCAGAUGAACAUUGGAUUACAUUAGCUUUGGAUGCAACUGCUCAUGAUAGUACCCAAGCAACAUAUGAAGCUAUACCCUCAGCCCUUCACAGCCAAGAUCUUUCAUUUGAUAUAUUUCCGCAGGUACAAUCUUCUGAUUCAUCACAGACUGUAACUCAAAAUAAAAGUGGUAGAAGUUCUGACGCGAGAGCUGACACGAAGAUUAAGUUGUUUUCAUGUUCAGAAUGCGGAGAAUCGUUUAACCAUGAAUUAGAACUUCUUCAACAUGAGAGAAGCCACACAGACGAGAAGCCGUUUUCAUGUUCGCAAUGUGGGAAACGUUUUGCUUUCAAAAAAACUCUUGUUGCUCAUGAAAAGAUGCACAUUGAAGAGAAGGCACAGAGGAGUCACACAGGGAACAAGCCUGUCUCAUGUCCUGAAUGUGGGAAAAUUUUUCUCAGAAAAUCAAAUCUUCUUAAACAUCAGAGAAUUCACACAGGAGAGAAGCCGUUUUCAUGUUCUGAAUGUGGGAAAUUAUUUAUCAAUAAAUCAAAUCUUAUUACACAUCAGAGAAUUCACACAGGGGUGAGGCCAUAUGUGUGUUCAGAAUGUGGGAAAUGUUUUACUCAGAAAUCGGAUCUUGUUAGACAUUGGAGAAUUCACACAGGCGAGAAGCCAUAUUUGUGUUCAGUAUGCGGAAAAUAUUUUUCUCGGAAAACAUAUCUUUUUGAUCAUCAGAAAACCUUUCACAAUGGAAAAAGUCAUUUAUGAAUGUGGGAAACAUUUUACCCAAAAAUCACAUCUUUCUAUCUUUAAAGAACUUAAGCAGGGAUGUACGGUAGUCAUUUUCUUUUUUUAACUAACAUGUCAUGCAACAGAAAGGAAAGGCAAAUAAGAGCCGUAAAUUAUAAUUAUUAAAUGUAUGCAAUUAAGAGUUCCUUGACUGCCAUAGGCCUACAGGUGAACUUUCUGUUAGUUUGCAACUUAAAGGGGUUAUUCAGACAUACCCUUAUUUUCACCCAGGCAGCACCCCUAAGGGCUAGCAUCGGAGCAUCUCAUCCUCC